CCCGCACCAGUUUGACAGGGAUGUAGGCCAGAAGGAGGUGACUUCUAAGAAUAUGUGAAUGUCUGUCUGUCUGUCUGUUCUUUGUACCUUUGAUGGUUACCAUACCUAUGAUAGGUAUAUUGUUAGACAAACAUAGGUUGUAACUGAUGGGGUAACAGUGCCAGAUAUAUAUCUAUCUAACUAUCUAUCUAUCUAUCUAUCUAUCUGUCUGUCUAUCUAUCUAUCUAUCUAUCUAUCUAUCUAUCUAUCUAUCUAUCUAUCUAUCUAUCUAGUGUAAAGCAGCUUUGAGUGGUCAUCAUAACGAGAAAAGCGCUAUAUAAAUACAAACCAUUUAUGCAUCUCACUUCCCAUUCUUGUGUAUAUGAGAACAGUGGACUCUAAGGAGCAGGAACAAUUCUCAUUUAAACAUGAAAGUCUUCUUUUAAAGUUAAAUCAAGAUGAGAAAACACAAUAUAAUAUACAAUAUGCAUGGCCAAAUGGUGGAGAGAGGUUUAUUGUUUGUGUCUGUGUGUUGUGAUGGAGUGGUGAUCUGUCCAGGAUCUCUGGGACUGGCUCCAGCGACCCGUGACUCUCAUGUGGAGGAUAACGGGGGCAGAGUAAUAGACAUGGGAUACUGUGACACCCACUGGUCAAAAGUGGCAUUGCCAGUUUAGAUGCAGCAUCAGCACCAGCAUCAGAUCACCGGAAGGAUGCUGUCGCAGAGAGGAAGCUUGGGGAUUAUAUAGAGUCGACGGCACAGAGUGUACAGUUAAAUCUUCAAACCAGACCUUUUAUAUUAAAAUAAUAUUAUAAACGUGCACCAGUAGCUGCCAUGUUCCCAUCGUGUUGCUCCAAAACAUCGGCGGACAGCGGCGCUAAGAAGAGCUCCGUGGCUAAGCUGCUGCUCGGCGUGUUUGUGGUUUACAUGCUGCACACCGCCUGGCUGCUGUACGGCUUCAUCUACACCAAACCCUGCGACGAUGGCAGAGGAGAAAACUGCAUCACCUCCUACCUGACAGACACACCCAGACUGCAGCUGAGUGUCUUCACCUGCUUAAUGCCAGACAACAGCCAACUCAACCUCGCCUUAAAAAUAGACCCAUUUGACCCAGAUUCUGCAUUUGAAAGACAAGUGAAUGUCUCUCUGCCGGCGGAGACUCGAGCAAAUGGUUCCCUGUUUGCAGUCGUUUACGUCCAUAAAUGUGGCGUUUCACCUCUGGAGGACAGCAGAGAAGUCCACUACGCAGCUCAGCUCACCACCUACAUCGCACCCACGCACACAGAGGGCCAGAGAGAUGUGCACAAGAGAUCCGGCCCCAGGUCAGAGAAUCCUGUAUCCCACUGGAGACCUCAGCUGUCUGUGACUAUGAUGUCAGAGGACUUCACCUUCAACAAGGCGGGGCUUCCCAGUGAUGUGCGGCGAUACAUGAGAGUGUCUCAGAGCGGUCAUCAGAUGAUCUACCUUCCUCUGCUGCUGGUCAAUGAGCUCAGUGUCCGAGUCAAAGACCUCAUGGAGAUCAACAGCAGCACUGCUCACCUCCCUCUCACCGUGUCCUAUGAGGGAAUCUCUCUAAGGAGAUUCAGGUUUUGGGUUCAUCUGCAGGAUGUGGUUUAUUCUCUACGACAGUUUGGCUUUACUGAGCAAAACAUUGAUGAAAUUAAAGAAACUCUGGUUGGAUCCAAUCUCUACCUGUUAGUGCUCACUGCUCUCAUCACGGCUCUGCAACUCAUCUGUGAAUUCCUGGCUCUUAAGAAUGACAUCUGGUCCUGGGCAAAAAAGAAGAGCAUGGCAGGAAUGUCCAGGAAGUCAGUUCUUUGGCGUAGCCUCAGCACUUUGCUGAUUUUCCUCUAUCUACUGGAGGAGACCAGUCUGCUGGUGCUGCUCCCUGUCGGACUGGGGGCGUGUGUGGAGGUGUUUAAGGUGUUUAAAGUGUUUAAGCUGCCGUGUAAACUCUCCAAACUUCAUGUAAAUAAGCUGGAUGACGAGGAGAGAAAGACAGUAGAUUAUGACACACAGGCGUCCCGAUACUUGUCCUACUUGGUUUAUCCUUUGUGCAUCAGUGGAGCUAUUUUCUCACUGGGCUACCUGCGACAAAAGAGUUACUAUUCCUGGUUGAUCAACAGCCUGGUGACUGGAGUGUAUGCCUUUGGCUUCCUGUCUAUGGCCCCUCAGCUCUUCAUUAAUCACAAGCUGAGAUCUGUGAGCCACCUGCAGGGGACAGUGUUGAUGUACAGAGGAGUGAACACGCUCAUCUCAGAUCUGUGCUCCUGUGCCUCCUUCUUCUUCUCCUCCUCCUCUGGCUCCUUCUCCUCAUCUCAUCAACUCUCCUGCUUCAGAGAUGAGCUCCUUUUCCUCAUCUACCUCUACCAGCGAAGCUGCUACGCGCACAAGGCCAGAAGACGAGACUCUGCGACCCACGGCAAGAAAAUAAAGACUCAGUGAGGAGAAGGCACAGGAGUCUCAGAGAGGAGAAUACACAGAGAUUGACAUUUGGACACAAACUAAUCCAAGAUGACUAGUUCUGCUUCAGACUCUUGACUGUUGUGCUUUCACAGAACUGCUGCUGCGUUUUGCCUGACAUGGAAGAUUUCCAGUUGCAAACGCAGUGACUGACGUCGAUGUGCUGCUGCACAUGUGCUGCUGGCUGAUCGUUCAGCAGUAAAACCAUGAGUCAUUUGCUUGUUUCUGCUUUUUAUGCAAACAUGUGUUGUUGUUGUUUUUUUUGGCAAAUUGUAAAAGAUGGAGCAAGUAUACUUUAAAAAAACGUCAUCCACCUGCUUUAAACUGGACUUGGAUCUUUACGUCUGAAUGGAUUCUUGUCACAGAUAGUUAUAUGAUUGUCUGAAGAGCUUGGAUCACGAUUUGUCUGUUGAAAGUAAUUUUACGAAGCUUUUUUUUUUUUUUUUUU